UUAAUCAUAUUAUUAAAAAUAGUAAAUAAAGUUGUUAGUGUUAAUCUCUUAUUUUUCUUCUUCUUUCUUCUUAAUCAAACAUUCAACCAUUAUUGUUUAAUGGUCUCAAACUUAAAAACUCUCUCUUUAAAAACCUCUUCUUUCACUAUCCAAAACCCAAUCCAACUCUCUCUCUCUCUCUCUCUCUCUAUCCAUUCAUGGCUUCAUCAAAAGCUCUGUUUUUGCUCUGUUUGACUCUCUUCUUCUCCAUUUCAAUUUCAAAAACACUUCUUUUUCCAUUAACACAUUCUCUAUCCAAAACCCAAUUCAACACAACUCACAACCUCCUUAAAUCAACCACCACUCGCUCCUUAGCGCGUCACCACCACCGCCACAGUCACCAAGUCUCUCUCCCCCUUUCACCGGGAAGUGAUUACACGCUCUCUUUAACCAUCGGAACAAACCCACCUCAACCAAUUUCUCUCUACAUGGACACCGGAAGCGACCUCGUCUGGUUCCCCUGUUCUCCAUUCGAAUGUAUACUCUGUGAAGGUAAAUACGAACCCUCUGCAACUUUUCCGCCGCCGAAAAUACCCAAAAACUCCACCGUUAAAUGCAAGUCUCCGUCUUGUACCGCCGUACAUAAUUCCCACUCAUCUUCCGAUCUCUGUGCCAUGGCUAAAUGCCCACUUGAAACCAUUGAGAUUUCUGAUUGUUCUUCUUUCUCUUGUCCACCUUUUUACUAUGCUUACGCCGAUGGCAGCUUCGUUGCUCAGCUUCAUAAGCUCAGUUUAACGGUGCCCACUUCGUCUUCUCCGGCGUUGGUGCUUAAAGACUUCACCUUUGGUUGUGCUCACACGGCUCUCGGCGAACCCAUUGGAGUCGCCGGCUUUGGCCGUGGCUUGCUUUCUUUACCGGCUCAGUUAGCCACCGUAUCACCUCAGCUCGGAAACCAUUUCUCUUACUGUUUAGUUUCUCAUUCUUUUAAUCCAGAGAAAGUCCGGCGACCGAGUCCGCUCAUUCUCGGCCGUUAUGAUGAAGAAGAGAAGAGAAUUGGUGAUAAAAAAGCUGACUUUACUUACACGAACAUGUUGGAAAAUCCCAAACAUCCGUAUUUAUACUCUGUCGGACUCGCCGGAAUAACCGUCGGAAAAAGGAAUAUUCCGGCGCCGGCGUUUCUCAAGAGAGUGGAUAGGAAGGGAAAUGGUGGGAUGGCGGUGGAUUCGGGGACGACUUUUACGAUGUUGCCAGCAAGUUUGUAUGACUCGGUGGUUGCCGAGUUUGACCGGCGAGUCGGGCGGGCCCACGAGCGAGCGGCGGAGGUGGAGGAGACGACGGGGCUUUCGCCGUGUUAUUAUUAUGAUGAGAAGGUGUUUGAGGUUCCGGUGGUGGCAUUGCAUUUUGUUGGGAACAACAAUAAUAGUAAAUUGAAAUCUAGUGUUGUGUUGCCUAAGAGAAACUAUUUGUAUGAGUUUUUGGACGGUGGUGAUGAGGGUUUGAGAAAGAAGAGGAGAGUUGGGUGUUUGAUGUUGAUGAACGGUGGAGAUGAGAAGGAGCUUAGAGGUGGGCCUGCUGCGACACUUGGCAACUAUCAACAGCAAGGGUUCGAGGUUGUGUAUGAUUUGGACAAUCGUAGGGUCGGAUUUGCUCCGAGGCAAUGCUCCUUACUUUGGGAACGUUUGAGCAAAAGUAAUCGAUAAUUUUUCGAUUAAACUUACAUUUCGAGUCACGUGGCAGAAUGAGAUUGGUCAAAACUGUUAUAAAAUUAUUGUUUGAUUGAUUUAUAAUAGUUUCUUCGAUCAGUCUCAUCUUUUAUUAUAGGACUUGAAAUGUAAGUGGAGGGACUCGAAAUAUAAGGGGAGGGAAUGUAUAGUUGUUUUUUUUUUUUUUUAAGAACAAUGUCACUACUAUUGAGUUGACUUCUUUGCUGUAGUAAAAAAGUUAAGAGUUGACUUUGUCACGCACGUGGGGAUUUUGUAUCUCUUGUAUAGAAGAUGUGAGAUUUUAGGUACAAAAAUAAGGUGGGGUGGGGAGGUUUGUAUUAGGGGUACUUAUUAUGUAAGAUGUAAAUAGGCUCACAUAUGUUGUUUCACUUCAUCACUUUUUGCUUCUUCAAAGAAAAUAAUAAUUUAAAACAAAAUGUGGAUAAUAAUAAUAAUAAUAUGGUGUUGAAAAUG